AUGAUAAGUUCAUCAAGGAGUAUUUUUUCCAUCCUCAUAGUGGCAGAAUUUGUUCUAGGAAAUUUUGCCAAUGGCUUCAUAGCACUGGUGAGCUGCACUGACUGGGUCAAGAAACAAAAGAUCUCCUGUGCUGAUCGAAUUCUCAUUGCUUUGGCUGUCUCCAGAAUUGGUUUGCUCUGGGCAAUAGCAUUCAAUUGGUAUGCAUCUGUGUUUAAUACAGCUUUCUAUAGUUCAGAAGUAAGAACUAUUGUUUAUAAUGUCUGGGUAGUAAGCAACCAUUUUAGCCUCUGGCUUGCUACUAGCAUCAGCAUACUUUAUUUGCUUAAGAUAGCCAAUUUCUCCAGCCUUUUAUUUCUUCACCUGAAAUGGAAAGCUAAGAGAGUGGUUAUCAUGAUACUAUGGGGNGUGUGGGGGACUUUGGUCUUCUUGCUUUGUCACCUUGCAGUGAUAAACAUCGAUGAAAAAAUGCAGAUGAAUGAAUAUGAAGGAAACAUCACUUGGAAGGCCAACGUGAGGGACAUUGUGCGCCUUUCAAAUAUAAUUGUAUUCACGCUUGUACACUUCAUAUCCUUCGCUACAUCCCUGAUAGCUGUUCUGAUGUUAAUCUUUUCCAUGUGGAAACAUCUCAAGAAGAUGCAGUUCAGGAACGAAGGCUCUCAAGAUCCCAGCACUAAGGUCCACAUAAGAGCCAUGCAAACUGUGAUCUCCUUUCUCUUGAUACUUGUCAUUUACUUCCCGUCUCAACUCAUCUCAAUUUGGAAUACUAAUAUUCUGCAGAACAAUGCAGUUUUUAUGCUUUGCCAGGUUUUUGCAAUUCUGUAUCCUUCAGGCCACUCGUUUAUCCUGAUUUGGGGGAACAAGAAGCUGAGACAGGCCUUUCUGUCAUUUCUGUGGCAGCUGAGGUGCCGGCUGAAAGAAAGGAAAUAA